UAUCCAAUCAUAUCAUGCCACCUCAUCAAACAGCCAACUCGGCACCCGCCAAGAUUUCCCAUAACUCUACGUGUCACUCCACCUGUACUUUUCGAGAAACGUAUGGAACAAAAAAAAAAAAAAGUAAAAUAAAAUUAUAAAGCCCCCUUCCUUCGCCAUCAUGCUCAUUUUUAUUUUAUCAGAAUCAAGCAACUGAAACCCUAAUUUCUACAAAUCCGCCAUGAACGGCGAAUCAUCACAACCGUCAACGUCAGCUUUCUCGUUCAUAUCCAAAGGUUGGAGAGAGGUUCGAGAUUCAGCUGAUGCUGAUCUCCAAUUAAUGCGAGCUCGAGCUAAUUCAUUCAAAAAUCUAGCCAAUUCAUUCGACCGAGAGCUCGAGAAUUUCUUUAAUUCCUCAUUUCCUGUAGGCUCCUUCAAUUCUGCAAGGACUCCAACGGAAAUCGAUUUUGUGAAGAAGUUACAGCCGAAAAUAUCGGAGUUUCGGAGGACUUAUUCGGCGCCUGAGAUAAGUAAGAGAGUCUUGCAGAAGCUGGGCCCGAGAGCGAAGUUAGGGAUUGAUUUGUCAGCUAUAAGGAAUGCGAUUGUGGCGGAUGUGGAAGUGGAGGAUGAUGAUGGCGAGGGUAAAAUUGGAAUUGUGGAAUUUGAUAGGGUUAGGAGAAGGAGGAGGAGGAGUGUUAGAUUUAGUGAGUUUUGGGGAGAGAGUAGUAAAGUGGAAGGAGGACAAGGGCAGUUUGGGGAAUGGGAACCAAUUAGGGCUCUCAAAAAGAGAUUGAGAGAGUUGGAGAAGAAAAGUGAAUCCGUUGAGAUUUUUGGCAGUUUUAAGAAUAAUGAGUUUGUUGAGAAACUGAAAUCCAGUUUGAAAGCAAUCCGCGAGCCUCAAGAGUCAAAGGAAGUGCCACCACUGGAUGUUCCAGAAUUGUUGGCAUAUUUUGUUAGGCAAUCUGAGCCAUUUUUGGAUCAACUUGGUGUUAGAAAAGAUAUAUGUGACAAGAUAGUUGAAAGCUUGUGUAGUAAACGCAAGAAUCAACUUUUACUGCGCACGCUUUCUACUGGAGAAUCAUCUUUAUUUGAUAGUGAAAAUGUGAAUGAUGAACUGGAUGUAAGGAUAGCAAGUGUGCUUCAAAGUACAGGGCAUUGUUAUGAGGGAGGCUUUUGGACUGACGUGUCAAAGCAUAGUCUGUCAGAUGGUAAGAGGCAUGUUGCCAUUGUCACAACUGCUAGUCUUCCGUGGAUGACCGGCACAGCUGUAAAUCCACUUUUUCGAGCAGCAUAUUUAGCCAAGUCUGAAAAACAAAAGGUCACACUGUUGGUUCCAUGGCUCUGCAAGUCGGAUCAAGAACUAGUUUAUCCCAGCAAUCUCACCUUUAGUUCACCACAAGAGCAGGAGAGUUAUAUACGCAACUGGCUGGAGGAUAGGAUUGGCUUUAAGGCUGAUUUUAAAAUCUCCUUCUAUCCGGGAAAGUUCUCAAAAGAGAGGAGAAGUAUAAUUCCUGCCGGAGAUACUUCUCAGUUCAUUCCUUCUAAGGACGCUGACAUUGCAAUCUUGGAAGAACCAGAACAUUUGAAUUGGUAUCACCAUGGUAAACGCUGGACUGAUAAGUUCAACCAUGUUGUUGGUGUUGUCCACACAAAUUACCUAGAAUACAUAAAGAGGGAAAAGAAUGGGGCUCUUCAAUCUUUCCUCGUCAAACAUAUAAACAAUUGGGUUACCCGGGCAUACUGUCACAAGGUUCUUCGUCUAUCUGGUGCCACUCAGGAUUUACCUAAGUCUGUGAUUUGCAAUGUUCACGGUGUGAAUCCAAAGUUUUUGAAAAUUGGAGAAAAAGUUACUGCAGACAGAGAACUUGGGCAACAAGCCUUUUCGAAGGGAGCAUAUUUUUUGGGCAAGAUGGUCUGGGCCAAGGGAUACAAGGAGUUGAUAGAUUUGUUAGCAAAGCACAAAAAUGAGCUUGAUGGAUUUAAGCUGGAUGUGUUUGGCAAUGGAGAGGAUGCACAUGAAGUUCAGAUUGCAGCUAAAAGGUUGGAUUUGAAUGUCAACUUUCUGAAAGGCAGAGACCAUGCAGAUGAUUCUCUUCAUGGGUACAAAGUUUUCAUAAAUCCUAGUGUCAGUGAUGUGCUCUGCACGGCUACUGCUGAGGCACUCGCAAUGGGAAAGUUUGUUGUAUGUGCAGACCACCCAUCAAAUGAGUUUUUCAGGUCAUUUCCGAACUGUUCGACUUACAGGACAUCGGAGGAUUUUGUAGCAAAAGUGAGGGAAGCAUUAGAAAACGAGCCUCAACCUCUUACACCAGAACAAAGAUAUAAUCUCUCAUGGGAGGCUGCCACCCAAAGAUUUAUGCAAUAUUCUGAUCUCGACAAAGUCUUGAACGAUGAUCAGGGUGAUGCAAAAUUGAGCAGAGCUAGCGGAAAGAGCAUUGUGAAAUCAGUUUCACUGCCUAAUAUGUCGGGGAUGGUUGAUGGAGGGUUGGCAUUUGCCCAUUAUUGUCUCACGGGAAAUGAGUUCCUUAGACUCUGUACUGGAGCAAUACCUGGGACACGGGACUAUGACAAACAGCACUGUAAAGACCUGCAUCUCUUGCCUCCACACGUAGAGAAUCCCAUCUAUGGCUGGUGAGCAGAUUAAAACUGCUGCAAUCAACAGCCCUGUGUAUAAUAAUCAUGUACUGUAUGUAGAUGCUCGCUAGGCUUGUUAGCUGGAAGUAAUUCUUUUUUUCUUUUUUCUUCACUGAUGUAUUUAGACAGCUUGAUCCAAAUUUUUGUCUCUGUUAUUGUUAAUAAAUAUACGAGUCAAUGCCAAA